AUGACGUAGGACUGCCAUAUUUUUUCUAUAUGGGGCCUGCCAGGGGGUCAACCAAAUUGUUGGGGGUUUGGAGGUGGCCAUGCAAGAUGUUUUGUGAUAAUCAAAUGGUGCGCAUAAUAAACAAUUAAAUCAGUAUAACAGCGAGGCGCGUCGUUUUGGCAGAUAUGCCUGAAUCAUUCGAACAAGCGAUCCGGAUUGGCAAAGAAAAAGCCUUUCACUCAAAACAUCCUUCUUGCAUGUGAUAGGAAUUUUACGUCACAAAUUUGAUCGGAAUGAGAGUGUAGUGCCGCAACGAGGUUAUAACCAGAAAUUGGGACAAUGGGCUUUAACAUUUAUCUAAGUUCUGUCUAACAGUUAUUACAUUAAACAAGUACUGUAUAGUUUUCCUAUGGAAUACCAAUUACUUCUACGAUAGGAGUUGUCUUGGUGAUUUUGUUGAAUUCGUUGAUCGCGAAUGCGGUGCCCUACCCCAUUGCACUAUUUUUGUCUGUACGUUUUAUUUACACGUAUUUCUCUUGUUGCGUGUUUUCUUCGCCAAAUAUUUUGGCUAUCUUUAUAGCAGUUACGUAAUUUCCGACGUGUGUAAUUCCGGCACCAUGGCCGAUGAUGAAUUAAAUGAAACUCGAUUGUUUUACACCUAGUGGCGUGUGGACCAUAUAUACCACGCAAAGUUAAAGGGAAUUGAUUUUUGACAUUCUUUGCAUAAGGGUAUAAGAAAAGUUUAACGCGUGAUGGUAAUUUGUUAAUAACAUGGUCAGAAAACGACUGCUACACGGUUGUAAACAAUAUUAAUGUUUAAACAGUGAAAGUGUUUCAAUUUAGAUAUGUCUAUUGGAAAUUAUCUUCUUAAGGAUUUUCAUCACAUCAUAAUGUGGUGGUUUGAAAUAUUAUUAAAUAAUAUUAUUAAGGACAACAGAAGUAAUAUCCAAAGAUUUUGGUAAGGGACAACCUUAUCAAAAAAGAGACAUGUCAGAUUCAUCGCAGCACCAAUAUAAUCAACCUCCUCCUGAUAUUAUGCCGAAAGGACUUGCGAUCAAUGGCAUAGGAGGCAGGUUACGCCAGUUAGAAUCUCUUUUUAUCGAUGGUCCUGCACAAGGGGAGGGAAGAGUUGGCCAUACAUUUUCCAUUGAGACACUCAUUGAUAUUUUACUUGUCUUAUAUGAUGAAUGUUGCAAUUCUUCCUUACGGCGUGAGAAGACUGUCUCAGAUUUUAUUGAAUUUGUAAAACCUGUGGCUGCUUGCAUAAAGAGUUUGCAAUUGGCACGUGAAGAUUUUGAGAUAGUAAAAGUUAUUGGCAGAGGUGCAUUUGGAGAAGUAUGUGUUGUAAGAAUGCGCGGUUCGGACAAGGUAUUUGCGAUGAAAAUUUUGAACAAAUGGGAGAUGCUAAAGCGUGCAGAGACUGCAUGCUUUAGAGAAGAACGAGAUGUACUGGUGUACGGUGAUCGUAGAUGGAUCACAAAUCUUCAUUAUGCCUUUCAAGAUGACAAUAAUUUGUAUUUGGUCAUGGAUUAUUACUGUGGUGGAGAUUUGUUAACACUAUUGAGCAAAUUUGAGGAUCGCCUUCCUGAAGAUAUGGCUCGUUUUUACAUAGCUGAAAUGGUUCUAGCUAUUGGGUCCAUACAUGACUUACGUUAUGUACACCGCGAUAUUAAACCUGAUAAUGUUUUAUUAGACGCAAAUGGACACAUUAGAUUAGCAGAUUUUGGAUCUUGUUUACGAUUGUUUGAAGACGGGACUGUACAAAGUAAUGUUGCUGUUGGUACACCAGACUAUAUUUCACCAGAAAUAUUAAGGGCAAUGGAAGAUGGACAGGGACAAUACGGGCCUGAGUGUGAUUGGUGGUCUUUAGGAGUAUGUAUGUAUGAAAUGUUGUAUGGAGAAACACCUUUUUAUGCAGAAUCUCUAGUCGAAACUUAUGGGAAAAUUAUGAACCAUAAGAAUUGCUUUGACUUUCCAACAGAUGAUAUGUAUGAUGUUUCUGAAGAAGCUAAGGAUUUAAUGAGAAAAUUAAUAUGUAGCUCAGAAUUUAGAUUAGGUCAAAAUGGAAUUGAUGAUUUUAAGAAACACCCAUGGUUUGAUGGAGUAAAUUGGGAAACUCUUAGAGACAGUACCGCACCUUACAUUCCUGAAGUUUCCUCGCCAACUGAUACAUCAAACUUCGAUGUCGAUGAUACAGAUGUUCGCAGUUCUGAUGCUGUACCGCCAGCAGCAAAUUCUGCGUUCUCUGCGCUUCACUUGCCGUUCGUUGGUUUUAGUUUUACUCAAGGCAGUUGCAUAUCGGAUUUGGGUUGUUUAUCUGCUGUUACUCAAAAGGACAAACGCGUACAGAUACUCGAGAAAGAGAAUGCGCAAUUAACGCAAACGCUCGAGGAUUUAAAGAAACAGCUUAGUUUGAGUCAUUCUUCGCCGGGAAUAUCACCAGAUUCCAAUAAUGCAACAAGAAAACUUCAAGAUGAAAUAAAUACGCUCACUAAACGUAAUUGUGAGUUAGAAUCGCAAUUAAAGUCAAUGGAAGUUCCACGUGAAUUACGCAACUUAGAUAACGGUGAUAUCACAAAAUUACGAGAAUUAGAAAAAUUAGUACGGUCGCUUCGAUUAGAGAAGGAAGAAGCUGUUAAAGAUAAAUUGGAUGCACAAGAAAAACUUAAACUUCAAGAUAAGGAAUUAAAAGAUGCUUUAACCCAACGCAAACUUGCAAUGGCAGAAUAUACUGAAGUCACAGACAAAUUGUCAGAAUUAAGACAACAAAAGCAAAAGUUGUCCAGACAGGUUAGAGAUAAAGAAGAGGAAUUAGAGGUUGUAAUGCAAAAGGUUGAUAGUUUACGACACGAUAUUCGUAAGGCUGAGAAAUUACGUAGAGAGCUUGAAAAUCGAGUAGAAGAAGCAAUGGCGGAAACAAGUAAGGAAAGAAAAUUACGCGAGCGUAGCGAAGAAUAUUGUAAGCAGAUGCAAGAAGAAACGGAAAAAAUUAGACAAAGGUCUAUGGGAAAUGAUGUGAGUGCAAAUCAUGCAUUAGCAACGCAGGAAAUUAAUAGAUUAAAAGCAGAAGUCGAAAAACUUGAAGUUCAGUACAAUGAAAACUUGAAUCAACAACAAAGUAGGUUCAACCUUGAGAUUCGCAGCCUUCAGGAACAAUUACACGAAACUGAAACAAGAAGGGAUUUAUUGGAAAGGGAAGUUCAAUUAACGAAAGAGAAAUUAGAUGCUGCAAGAUUGGAAAACAUUACCGAUAGUGAGGAGACUAUCAAUGAAUUGAGUAGACGUCAUGAAAGAGAAAAAAUUAUGCUAGUCGAAGAGAACAAAAAACUUAUGUUAGAACUUAGUACUCUUACCGAUAGUGUUAAUAGAAUACAAGGUGAAAGACGUCAAUUAGAAGAAGAAUAUGAAGAGUUAAGAAAUAAAAAAGAAGCUAUUGCACAGUGGGAAGCUCAGAUUACGGAAAUUAUUCAAUGGGUAUCUGAUGAGAAAGAUGCUAGGGGGUAUUUGCAGGCACUUGCUACAAAAAUGACGGAAGAAUUAGAGUUUUUAAAACACUCUGGAGGUGUAGGAGGUGUAGGAAGUGGUUCCACAAUGGCGGAUAAAAACUGGAGAAAUCGUAGAUCACAGAAACUUGAUAAAAUGGAACUUUUGAAUUUACAAAGUUCUUUGCAAAGCGAAAUUCAAGCUAAGCAGGCAAUAUCUGAAGAGCUUACCAAGACACGUUCAGAUUUAAUUGCUGCUCAAAAAGAGUUGAGAGAUUUUAGACAGCGGUUCGAUACGCUUACACACGAGAUAAAACGCAAAGAAAUGCAAAUAAAAGAGUUGCAAGCAAGACUUGACACAGGCGAUGGCUUUCUAGAACGUCCUACAUCUCAAAUGUCAUAUUUGGAACAUUUUUUGAAAGAAACUGCAAGCAGUACACGUCACGGAAGCGCAGAUAGCGUUGAAGCUGAUAUUGAAGAUAAUCGGGCACCAAGUAUUUCCAGUAGUAAAAGCAAUUUAUCUGAACUAAGUAUUGAUCCAACGUCACCGUUGUCCCAUGAGCUAUUGAAUAAAUCAUCCGCAUCUCACGGGCAAGCCAGUCUUCAACCAAAACCAAAAUCUCAUCAGUUCUUAGUAAGAACAUUUUCAGCGCCUACGAAGUGCAAUCAUUGUACUUCGUUGAUGGUGGGCUUAACGAGGCAAGGAGUAGUAUGCGAAGUUUGUGGUUUUGCAUGUCACAUGCCUUGUUGCGAUAAGGUCCCACCUAUGUGUCCUGUGCCACAUGAUCAAACAAAACGACCAUUGGGUAUUGAUCCAACACGGGGAAUAGGUACAGCUUAUGAAGGGUAUGUUAAAGUGCCAAAAAUGGGAGGAGUAAAAAAGGGUUGGGUUCGUCAAUUUGUGGUUGUCUGUGACUUCAAAUUAUUUCUUUACGACAUUUCACCAGAUCGUAAUGCAUUACCAUCUGUGUAUGUAUCUCAAGUCCUAGACAUGCGGGAUGAAGAAUUUAGCGUUAGUUCUGUUCGAGAUUCGGAUGUCAUACACGCUACAAAAAAAGAUAUUCCUUGCAUUUUUAGGAUAACAACAUCUUUACUAGAACCACCUGGCUUAAAGAAUCACACGUUAAUGCUUGCAGACACUGAAAGUGAGAAAACAAAAUGGGUAGUUGCUUUGAGUGAACUACAUAGAAUACUAAAGAAAAAUAAUCUUCCUAAUACAACGAUUUUUAGAGCAAAAGAAUUAUUAGAUAAUACAUUGGCGCUUAUUAAAAAUGUGAUGUCAGGAGCAAUUAUUGAUCCGGAUCGUCUAGUCAUUGGUACAGAAGAAGGUCUCUUCUGUUUAGAUUUAGAUCGUAGUGAGAUUGCAAGGGUCGGUGAAGGAAAGAAAAUAUACUUACUGGAAUAUGUAACGGAAGAACAAUUAAUUGUAGUUUUAAGUGGAAAACAACGUCAUGUGCGGCUGGUUCCAGUACGUGCAUUGGAUGGAGACGAGGUCGAAUGGAUUAAAGUUGCAGAGACUAAAGGAUGCAUUACUUUAACGACAGGAGUAGUACGCCGUAGCCCAUUAACUUAUUGUUUGUGCGUUGCCAUCAAAAAGCAGAAUGCAUCGCAAGUGAUUAUCUAUGAAAUAACCCGUACCAAAACACGUCAUAAACGUAUACGUGAAUUAAUGUUAUCAUGUCACGCACAAACUUUGCAAAUUCUCUCUGAAGGUCGAUUCUGUGUUGGUUAUCCUUCCGGCUUUUCUAUCUACAGCAUUUUAGGAGACCAUCACCCUAUUUCAUUGGUCCAUUCUGAGAAUACGCUCUUAGGUUUUCUCACAUACAGCGCUGUGGAUGCUUUACGUUGUAUUGAAUUACCGCGUGGUGAAUUCUUAUUAGUCUUCCAUACAUUGGCAGUUUAUGUCGAUAGCCAAGGCAGAAAAAGCAGAGAUCGUGAAAUUAUGUACCCUGCUGUUCCUACAGCAGUUAGUUAUUGUGAAGGUUACUUAUUAGUUUAUAGUGAAACUCACAUUGACGUGUUUGACUGUACAACUGGAGACUGGUUACAAACGCUUAAUGUUAAACGAGCACGACCACUAAAUACUUCAGGCUCUCUAACAUCUUGCAUUAUCAACGACAUGCCACAUGUUAUUUUUCUGAGCAAUUUACAUCAACGAGAACUACUGAAUUUAACUCCACUAGAUGCGAGCGGUAGACAAAUGACAAGACCACGAAGAAGGUUUUCAUUACGAGAAGGAAACAGAGCUGCUCGUCCUACUGACAGACGCUCAAAAAUGAUAUCUGCUCCGACGAAUUUCAAUCAUAUCAGUCAUAUGGGUCCAGGUAAUGGAAUACAGAUUCAACGGUUGCUAGAUUUACCUACUACUGUUGAAACAGCUGAUCAACAGCAUAGUGGUCAUCAUAGUGGCUCUCACCUUCAUAGCAGUCAGCAAAGAUUGUAUGGUCCAGCACUUCAAACGCCAAGUAAACCAGCGCCAUUGCCGCCGAGGCAUCCUCCUUCUGAUACUCGACGUCUUAGUUCUCAUAUAUCUAGAAAUUCAGGUUAUUCGCCACAUAAUGGUUCAACGUCUUCACGUAGAGGACCGGCGCCUCAAAGACCAACUGCUACUCCACCUUCGUUACCACGUACUCCUGUAGACCAAGUUGACUCGGAAUCUGUGCACCUACGAUCGCAUACUCCACUUUCUGUUGGUAGCAUUCCAUCUUUACACGACAAGGAACACACCUCUGGUGGAAGUCCUAGACAUUCAAUAGCUUCAAACAACAGUUCAAAUCCAUCAACGCCACCAAGUCCCGCUCACGAUCAUGGUUCAUCUUCAUACGAUUCAUAAAAAUUUAUUUAACGCUUCUCAUAAUAUUAGUAAGUUACUGUAAUUAUGUGCACCACCUAAUUAGUAGGGUUACAGUAUCUAUGAUAUUGUCUUUUACACACAAUAAUAUUUAUGUUUGAUUUUUCAACUGGAAAGUUAUCAGUUUCUUUCUUUUGUUCUUUCUUUUAAUUUUGUGCAAUAUAUUCUCCUGAUAUUGUACAAUAUGUUAACCAUAUUAGAAACAUAACAAACGAGAAUGAUAUUCGUAUAUGCAAUUGAAUUGAAAGGUUGCACAUCAUAAAUAGUUAGUUCGAUACAAAGAUCUAAUGAAUACGUAAAAACCAGUGCUGACACGACAUUGCAAUAACUUUCUGGUUUUAAAGGAUUUAUACAUAAUAAGUUAUAUAAUUAACAAGGCAAUUUAUAGUUAACGUAACGAUAAAUUAUUGUAAAUAAUGUGUUUGGAAAUCAUUGAGUCAGUUUAACGAUGCCAUAUAUUAUCGAAGCGGGUGUCGUUUUUCUAUUUUUGAGUUUUUAAUGCAGACUAUGCAUAAUUUUAACUUUUGAUCGUCAUGACUAAAUGUUUUUAAGUUAAUCAAAUCGAAAUCUCAGUCAAAUUAUCUAGCAAUAAAAGGAUUAACCUAAUUAAUCUAUCGUACCUACUUUUCAAUGUAGGUAUAUAAAACAAAAUAGUUUCAAGUAAAACGUAUACUUAAUCAUUCGUAACGGCAUAAACAAAUUCAAAGGAAGUGAAUCGAUCUGAUGCCUUAUGACUAAACCAUUUUUAUUGCGUCAUAAUGCAGUAAGGUACACCAUAUUAUUCAGCGUGUGAAUAGUAGAAAUAAUCGUGCAAUGUACUGGAAACUCCCGCUGAUAAUAAGUAGUUAUUAAGCAAGAUGGCUUAUAUACUUUUAUGCAACGUAUAAGUACUAUAUUUUCGACAAGAAAGGAACAAUGUUAAAUAUUGAUUUAUCCUUACUGCAACGAAACCUGUUUUUUCGUUUUAAAAAUGUGCCGUUUUGUUUAUUUUAUCACUAAAGUGACAAGAUUCAUUUUAAAAAAAGCGUAUAUGUAUUAAAAACCUGAUGACCGAAUAUAUUUAUAAGUGCAAUGCAUAAUGACUGAGAAUAAUAUCGAAAAUGGAACUAAGGCGAUAAAGUAUCAUUAUCCUUUUUUUUUCUUCAAAAAUGAAAUUUUAAGUUUGUAUUAACAUAUUUGUAUAACAGCUUCAAGACACGUUGUGUACUAUAACGUUUUUAAUACUUUUAUAUUAAUACAUUUAAAAAUUAACAAAUGCAAGAAAUUAUAAAUUGUUUUGAAAUUACAGACAAAACAUAAUAUCACAUAAUAGUUAAUCAGUUACAUUCACUUUUUUAAUAGAUAUAAGAUUAGAACAAAACAAGUGAAAUUACGAUAAAAAUGAAAACACGAUAACAAGUUUUAUAUGUUUUAAUGUAUAGAAUAUAUACAUUUUCCAUGUACAUUUAUAUAAAUUUACUAAUUAUACUAGAAGAAAAGAAAAAGAGUUGGUAGAACAAAAUAACUGUCUCAGGAUUCUAUGCCAGUAGUUAAAGUAUAAAAUUACAUUUAAUGGUUAAGAAUCCCGAGGUGCUUGAUAAUUAUACAGGAAAUUAAUGAAGAUUGGAGACACAUCUUUAUCUUCAAUAAUUUAAAUAAUGUCAUACAGUAUAACAAGAAGCCAAUUACUACAAUAUUGAUCCAAUCCUUCAGUACACGAAAACAAAGUGCAUGUAAAGAAUAAUUUUGAAUAUAAUAUUGCAUUUAAACUUUCAUAUAUUUAUAAUGAAUUUUAAUGGAAAAGAAAAAAAGUUUAAAAAAAUCUCAAGACGUUUAUGGAAUAUUGCAACGGUAAAAUAUUGAUAUGCUACAUUCCUUGGAAUUCUUUUUUAUUUUCAUAAAACAAUGUCGGAUAUACAUAAAUAAUCGAAAUUCCAACUCUUUGAAAGAUCCAUCGUUAAUAGACGUCAAAGUUUACUUAAGACAAUUCUAAUGUGCGUAUAAUGCCAAAAAAAAGAAACAAAAACAUUGAAAUAUCUCCAUCACAUUUGUGUAAUAACGACCUGAACAUAUAUAUUAUAAAUAAAAUAUAUAUCAACUACAAUAGGUUUGACAUUCUUAUAUUUAAAAAAUAUUUAAAAAAAGACCGUUAAUAGAAGAAAAG